AUGCCUAGCGUCGCACAGAAUGCGAUCGUGUCCUUUUCAACGAUUAACUUCGUCAAUUCUCCUCCACUUCUCCAGAUCCUCCACUUCCCCCCACGCCCCGCCGAUGGCACAUCUGCACCGCAAACCCGCCGACACCGCGGCUCAGCCUCCUCAACAGGCUCCUCCUCCAGUCGGAACGUCUGGAAAUCCUCCGGUCUAGACACUUCCACUUCUGCAACCUCGUCCUCCCCGAACAACCACUCCAUUACACUCAGUGAGGCUCUCCGGAAUAACCCUUUCGGGAGUACAUCGCGCGCCCGCUCGGUGCAUGUACCUUCCCACCAGGCGGAGGAGCAGAUGCGCGAGCAGGAUGAGUUGAAUGCCGCGCUGGAGACUCUGGCUGGGACAUUUCCGGACGUGCGCGUCGAGGUCUUCCGCGAGUUACUCGUUCGCUUUGAUGGCGAGAGCCGGCUGCAGGUCUGCGUGGAGCAGUUACUGCGACAUAAAGAGAAAUGGGUCGAGGGCCGGUGGAAUAUUCCCGAGAGUCAAACCGCAUCAGAUGGCCAGGACCUGAAUGACCGAGCAGGACUGCAUGGCCCUAUGGGCGAGAACCUAGUCCCGGUCGAAGAGCGCUUUCGGUCAGAUGAGUACAAGGCGGCGGUGCAAAUGAUUCUAGCGAAGGAAUUCAGCAGUCUCAGCAAAAGCACUGUUGAUGCUGUAUUGGCCGAGGCGAACUUUACUUAUUGGCGUGCGCGUCCGACGCUGCGAGAUCUCUCGCGCCGUACCUGGCGGGCUACGCUCAAUAGUAUCUUGCCGUUCCGUCGCAAGAAGGAUCGAGAUGAUCAUCCGCUUAUGACAUGGCAACGUCGCAUGGAUGGUGAGCUUAUACCCCGGUUGAAAGAAACCGGGUCAGCUGAGCUAGAUGCCGAGCUUCAUACAAUUCUCCUGGCACCACUGCUGGACCAACGGCGUGAGAACCAGGAGGCUGACGAUUACCGCCUUGCAUUGGCAAUGAAUGAACAGGAGGCGAAGUCGGUUGAUGCUCUUUAUGAGUGCGAGUGCUGCUUUGCCGACGUCGCCUUUGAGCAGAUUGCGACCUGCUCGGCGAAUGCGCAUAUAAUUUGCUACCUCUGCAUCCAGCGGACAAUAUCUGAGGCACUAUUCGGCCAGGGAUGGGGCAAGUCCGUGGACUUGGAGCGUUCAACAUUAAAGUGUCUGGCUCCAUUAUCUGUGGGCGCGUGUGAGGGCUGUCUACAUCCCCAGAUCGUUAGACAGGCUGUCCUCCUUGACACUGCUGGCACCGAAACGUUCCGCAAAUUCGAGGACCGAUUAGCCUCGGAGACGCUGCUCAAGUCUCAGAUGAAACUCAUCCGGUGUCCAUUCUGCCCCUACGCGGAAGCCGAUCCAAUCUAUCAUCCCUCUUCCCGCGGAAUCCGCUGGCAGGUCCGUCGGGACGGGGGCCUAAUCCCUUCUAUUCUAAUGACUCUUUUCCUACUUGACCUCAUUCCUCUAUUUGUGAUACCUUUUCUAAUCUUCCUCCUUGUGGACCCGUCUUCCGUCCUCGCCCUUUUUGAAAACGCGAUUCGUCACCUUUGCCUCAAGAUCCGCCCUCAACGAUUUACCUGUGCCAAUCCGUCCUGUCAGCGUGUGAGCUGCAUAACAUGUCAGAAACCCUGGCGGGACCCGCAUAUCUGUCACGAACCGCUCCUGCUGGACCUUCGAGCCACCGUUGAGGCUGCACGAACGGCAGCAGUCAAGCGAACUUGUCCACGAUGCGGUCUCUCGUUCGUCAAGUCCUCAGGCUGUAACAAGCUGACCUGCGUCUGCGGGUACUCCAUGUGCUACUUGUGCCGCAAGGCACUUGGUCCUCGCAUUCAACCCGCCCGAGCUCGACGUGGAUUUGACAGACCUCGACCCCGGGAUCUGGACGCUCACGAUGGCCCAGCCGACGACAACCCAUUCGAAGACGAUCCAGAAGCCGAAUCCGAGGAAGACGAGUUUGAAGAACCAGAAGGCUACAAACAUUUCUGCGAGCAUUUCCGCAUCAACCCAGGAUCCCGAUGCACCGAGUGCAGCAAGUGCGAUCUCUACCAAGCCGAAGACGAAGAAGCCGUUGCCCGUCGUGCAGGCGAAAAAGCCGAGCGAGAGUGGCAUCUUCGGCAAGGACCGUCUGGCCCCAAUAGCUCAGCUUCGGCUGUUGGAUCGCACAGUGUGAACUAUGAUCUAUCGGCCGGAGCUGAGGGCCAUGCCACCGGCCGUCGCGCAUCAAGUACCCUGUGGGACCUGCAUCUGACGGGGAAGCCGUGGGUUUAUUGGGUGAGUGAUGUGUGGUCAGAGGGGCGGUGGAAGUUAGAGGGCCAGGCUUUGGUUGAUUGGAUUGUGGAGCGGGUUAUUGUGAUUGAGGAGGUGUGA